AUGUUGAGAUCGUUGUUGCAAAGUGGCCACCGCAGAGUGGCUGCCUCGUCGUGCGCCACUAUGGUGCGUUGCAGUUCAUCGUCGACCUCCGCGUUGGCGUAUAAGCAGAUGCAUAGACACGCCGCAAGGCCCCCAUUGCCCACCUUGGACACCCCUUCGUGGAACGCCAACAGUGCCGUCUCAUCCAUCAUCUAUGAGACCCCAGCCCCCUCUCGUCAGCCAAGAAAACAGCACGUCUUGAACUGUUUGGUGCAGAACGAGCCCGGUGUCCUGUCCAGGAUCUCUGGGACUUUGGCCGCCAGAGGAUUCAACAUCGACUCGUUGGUUGUGUGCAACACCGAGGUCAAGGACCUGAGCAGAAUGACCAUCGUCUUGCAAGGCCAAGAUGGUGUCAUCGAGCAAGCACGCAGACAGAUCGAGGACCUGGUCCCCGUCUACGCCGUCCUCGACUACACCAACUCCGAGAUCAUCAAGAGGGAGUUGGUCAUGGCCAGAAUCUCCUUGCUAGGUACAGAGUACUUUGAAGACCUGCUGUUGCACCACCACACUUCCACCAGCUCCGGUGGCGCCGACGCCAACGAGUUAGUUGCCGAAAUCAGAGAAAAGCAAUUCCACCCUGCCAACUUGCCCGCCAGUGAGAUCUUAAGAUUGAAGCACGAGCACUUGAACGACGUCACCAAUUUGACCAACAACUUCGGUGGUCGUGUCGUCGACAUCAGCGAAACCAGCUGUAUCGUCGAGCUUUCCGCCAAGCCCACCCGUAUUUCCGCCUUCUUGAAGCUGGUUGAGCCAUUCGGUGUUCUAGAGUGUGCAAGAAGCGGUAUGAUGGCACUGCCAAGAACUCCUUUAAAGACAAGCAUCGAGGAGGCCGCCGACGAAGACGAGAAGAUCAACGAAAUCGUCGACAUCUCCCAAUUGCCACCUGGUUAA